AUGUGGGCUAGACAUACUUUUGACAAUAUAGCAAGAAGUGAUCAUAUUACAAAUAAUAUGAGUGAGUCCUUCAACAACUGGAUUACAGAUCUGAGGAACAAACCAAUUCUCAUACUGGUUGAUGAAUUAAGGAGCAAAUUGAUGGACAGAUUUUACAAAAUGUAUGCAAAGGGGUGCACCUAUGAUGAUACAGUAACACCAAAAGCUAGACGCAAGUUAAACAAGGUCCAACAAGAGUCUAGGAGCUUUUGGGUCUUACUAGCAGAUGACUUUCAGUGUGAGGUGACAGACAACUUUGCAAGUAGGUGUGUGGUCAAUUUGAAAGAUCGUACAUGUUGUUGCAAAGUAUGGGAGUCCACUGGUAUGCCAUGCAAACAUGCAGUAGCAGCUAUCUUACAUAAAAGGGAGUUGCUUGAGACAUAUUGUGAUGCAUAUUACAAUAUGCAAAAAUAUAUGGCAUCAUACUCUCGGUUCAUUGCCCCAAUUCCUACUCUGGAUGGGUUGAGAGAAUAUGUUAUGAACUAUGUAGUGCAACCUCCUCAUUUGAAAAGGAUGCCUGGUAGACCCCAUGUCAAUAGAAGAAGGGAACAAGAUGAGGCUCCUGCUGCUGAAUUCAGAAAGAUGAGUCGAACUGUCAGAUGUGACAACUGCAAGCAGUUGGGCCACAAUAAGAGGAGAUGUGAGAGAGCAUCUAGUAGGACACAGGCUGUUGUGCAGGCACAAAAUUAUCAGGACUCAAGCAACAUAUCCUCAAUUAUAGAUCGCAAAAUGGGCAGCAGUUUCACAACUGAAGGCAUGAAAGAGUUCAUACAGCUGACUGUCCACUGUAUGGAAUUCUCUAGUGAGAGGAGGACUACCAUGAACCAUGUGGUAGCAGAACUGGAUCAGAUACUCGAGAGAGAAAUGAGCUAG